AUGCCCGAAAACGACGCGAGCUCUUCCGACACCGACGACUGCAAUGCCGAAUCCUCAAGAAUGCAAGAAUCCGACGCGAGUUCUUCCGAAACCGAGGACGUCCCUCAACCCGCUCCAGUCGCCAAGAAAAGCGCGUCAGUGGCACAAUCCACACCAGCUGCCGCUGCGCGAACUGUCAAAAGCCUGCCAGCACGAGUGUCUGGACAGGCGGUUCCACCGCAGACGCAGAAGACGCGACCUGCGAACGUAAAUGGGGCGCCAGCAACGCCCUCUCAGCAGAACGGCGCGUCAGCGAUCAAACCACCCGCGAAUGGCAACAGCACGCCGAAUAAACCAGCCGUGAAUGGCGGCACCUCUGCUCAAAACGACAGUGUUGGUCUUUCAAACGCACAGCUGUCCCAAGGUAGACGACAGAUGUUGGACUUAGUCAAUAGGUUGCAUAGUACCGGUGUGCAAGUUGACAUCGACCUUCCGCAAAUAGCCGUCAUAGGUUCCCAAAGUGCGGGGAAAUCCUCUCUAAUCGAGUCCAUCUCAGGUAUAACCCUCCCACGCGCAGCUGGCACCUGCACCCGCUGCCCAACCGAAUGUCGACUCUCCCGCGCCUCAACACCCUGGCAAUGCACCGUCUCCCUCCGCUUCAUAACCGACAACAAAGGCCAACCGCUCGGUCAAGCCCGUAACGAAGUUUUCGGUUCUACGAUAUAUGAUAAAGCGGAAGUAGAGGGCCGCAUUCGGCGUGCUCAACGCGCGAUUUUGAAUCCUAAGAAAUCACGCAAGACUUUUUUGUUGGAGGGAGACGAGGAGGAAGAGGGAGAGGGGAAGGGUAAAGGGGAAGAGUUGAGCUUUUCGAUGAAUUGUGUUUCGUUGCAGAUUAGUGGGCCGGAUGUUGCGGAUUUGUCGUUUUGCGAUUUACCCGGGUUGAUUGCGAGUGUGAGUAGCACACACGGACAUGCGAAUGAUAUUUCUCUCGUGGAGAGCCUCGUCACGUCGUACAUCAAGAAACCAAGCUGUAUUAUUCUUUUAACGGUUGCUUGUGAAACCGACUUUGAGAAUCAAGGUGCCCACCGGCUCGCAAAGCAAUACGACCCAGAAGGCCGUCGUACCAUCGGCGUCCUAACCAAACCCGACCGCAUUCCACUAGGCGAAGAAUCCAAUUGGCUCCCCUUCAUCCGUAACGAAAAAGAAACCCUCGAAAACAACUGGUACUGCGUCAAACAACCUUCUUCCAACGACUUGAAACACCACAUUACCUGGAGCGACGCACGGAAAAGGGAAGAUGAUUUUUUCAGUAUGACGGAGCCUUGGUGUGGGCUUGAUAGUGUUUAUCAACGGUAUUUGAGGACGGGGAAUUUGGUGGAGAGGUUGAGUUCGCUUUUGAGUGAUUUGAUUGCUAAGAGACUCCCAAAAAUCCAAGACGAACUCGAAAAAUCCAUUCACAAAGCCCAAUCCUCGCUCUCCCUCCUACCCAAAGCGCCCUCCUCGGACCCACGCAAUGAGAUUCUUUCCCUCCUGCAUGAAUUUAUGACGGACGUUUCGAGGCAUGUGGAAGGUGUGCCCGAUGAGGAUGGGUUGUUGCAGGCUAUCCGACCUGCGCAGGAGAGGUUUAGGAGGGCUGUUAGGGGGACUGCGCCGAGGUUUAGACCUUUUGAGAGGAAAUUUAGGGGGGAGAGGGGGUUGAAGCCUGCUGCGUUUUUGAGUUUUGAGGAGGGGGAGGGGGAUGUUGAAGAGGAUGAGGAUGAGGAUGAUGGGGAGCAAAUGGUACAGACAACGGAGGGGACUGGGGAGGGACGGAAGAGGAAGCAUGGGGAUGUGGUUGGUCAUGAUGCUAUUUAUAUUGAUGAGGUUUAUGAGCGUGCGCAUCGAGAGUUACCGGGCAACUACCCCUUUGUCGUGCAAUCUUCCUUUAUCAACAGUAUUAUCAAGGAAUGGCGCGAGCCUGCUAUUAUUCUGUGCAAGACUAUUCAUGCGACGAUUAUGGAACAUUGUAAGAAGCUUGUUAAGGCCCAUUUUGGAGAGUUUGGGCAGGGGGCGUUGGAGCAGCGCGUCAAAGCAAUCAUCCAAAAACACAUAAACGACUGCCUCCAGCGCACAGAAGACAAAGUCGACUGGCUCCUCGAACUCGAAGACAAGCCCUUUUCGCUGAACAACCAUUAUUUGGCGGAUUACAAGGCCAAGUUCUUGUCGUACUACAAAGGGGCUCGGGAGAGGGACGAACAGUCCGCGUUGAUGAAGGCUAUUCAGGCGUACAACAACACUUCUUCCUCCAACUCGAACUCGAACUCGUUUUCUUUUUCGUCAACGCCCGGAAACGGGUUCAGCUUCGCAGCGCCAGCAGCAGCAACAGCCGACCCCUUCCCACCACUCCAAUCUUCCUUUGCACCACCGGCGCAAACGGGGAUGGCGAAAGUUCUGGCGGGGUUGGCGGAGCUUGGGGUGGUGGGUGUGAAGCCGGAGGAUAUACCGAAGCUCUUGCCGCCUGAUAAGAUGGAGCCUGCGUUGGUGAUUAUGGCGGAUGUCAGGGCUUAUUUCCAGGUGGCAUACAAACGGUUCGUGGACAACGUCCCACUGGCGAUUGACCAUGAGCUCGUGCGUGGUGUUGAGCGUGGGUUGUUGAGCACGCUGUAUACGAGCUUGGGCGUGAAUUCGGAGGAUGGGACGCGUAUCUCGAAGGAGCUUGCUCAGGAGAGCUCGGGGGUUGCGCAUAGGAGGGCGGAGUUGGGGAAGAAGCUUGAGAGGUUGAGGAUUGCGAGUGAGGAGUUGUUUAGGAUUGGGGUUUGA